CUUGGCCAGUAUUGUUUUUGGUCAUUGUCAAGUGCACAUGACGAGAUUUUUUUGGAAUAAAGGAUACGAUAAAUUUACAAAUAUGAAUUUCCUGAGGCUCACCUGUGCCUUACUGGUCCUGGUCUCAUUCUCCAUGGCCAGUCCAAUAUCCGACAAAGUCUCCGAAGACAAAGAAGUCAAAGCAACCAAAGCAGUAAAUUACCGUUUAACAAAAGACAUUUUUCCAGAAAAUUACAAAAUUGAACUAAUUCCGUACCUAGAAAAAGAAGGCGACCAUGAACAAUUUACAUUUGACGGCAAAUGUACAAUUUUGAUCCUACCACAAACUACUGUAAAGCAAAUCAUCCUCCAUAAAAGUGUGGAGAUGAAAAUUAAAGUGGGUGAAAUUAAACUUACUGAGGAAAAUAGUGAUGAACCACUAAAAAUUUUGGUUGAUCAAAUCAAAUAUGAUAAUGUCACUGAAUUCUAUACAAUUCCUUUGGAACAAGAACUUGAUAAAGCUAAGAAAUAUAAAAUUUCUUUUGUAUAUGUUGGUUUUAUGAAUGAUCAGAUGAGUGGAUUUUACAGAAGUUCUUACACCGAGGACGGGAAAACAAAAUGGAUUGCCACCACUCAAUUCCAGCCAACUCAUGCCCGAAAGGCUUUUCCAUGCUUCGACGAACCUCUUUUUAAGGCAACUUUCGACAUUUCUAUAAUUCGACCAAAACAUAUGGCAACUUUAGGAAACAUGAAACAUCUGAGGAAAGAUGAAGUGGUUGCAGACCAUCCUAAUCGACUGAAAGACACCUUCAAAACCACACUCAAAAUGUCAUCUUACAUUGUUGCAUUUGUUGUUUCGGAAUUCAAAAGUGUUUCCCAAAAACCUGAUCAGGAAUUUGAUGUUUGGGCCCGACCAAAUGCAUAUACCCAGGGUCAAUACAGUUACGAUAUUGGAAAACAAACUUUGGUUAAAUUAGAAGAGUUUACUGGCUAUAAAUAUCGUGACCAAGGAAUGGAAAAAAUGGACAUGGUAGCUCUUCCUGAUUUUUCUGCAGGCGCUAUGGAGAACUGGGGUCUUCUUACUUUCAGGGAAACUGCUCUCUUAUACGAUGAGAAUGUUUCUACAGAGAUUGCCAAACAAAGAAUUGCAACCGUUGUAGCCCACGAACAGGCUCACAUGUGGUUUGGUGACCUGGUAACCUGUGAUUGGUGGGAACACACCUGGUUAAAUGAAGGAUUUGCUAGAUAUUUGCAAUAUUAUGCUACCGAUAAGGCUUAUUCAAAAUGGAAUCUUAUGGAACAAAUUGUCGUAGAGCAACAACAAACUGUUUUUGGAAUGGAUUCUUUAACUACUUCAAAAGCAUUAUCCAGCCACGUCGACAGUUCUGCCAGUAUAAGUGCACAUUUUGAUAGCAUUUCUUAUAAUAAAGGAGCAUCUGUUAUUAGAAUGAUGGAACAUAUAGUAGGUACAGACAAUUUCCAAAAAGCAUUGAAAAAUUAUUUAAAAACAUAUGAAUUCAAAACUGUGGUGCCAGAAAAUUUGUUCAGCGAAAUUCAAAAAGAAGUUGCAGACAGAUCCUUGAAUAUUUCUAAAAUAAUGCACAAUUGGGUAUUCAAAAACGGUUAUCCUGUAAUAAAUGUGGAACAAGCAGCUGAUAAAUUAGUAGUACGCCAAAAACGUUUCCUACGUCACAAUGAAGAAAAUGCUGAACAAACUAAAUACUACAUUCCUCUGAGUUAUACAUCAAAAUCUGAAAAGAAAUUCAGCACAAAACCAAAAGCAUUCCUGGAUGACCAGUCAGAAAGUAUUCAAUUGGAUUUGCCAAACAAGGACUACGAAUGGGUCGUAUUCAAUAUCAAAGGAACAGGUUAUUAUCGCGUAAACUACGAUGAGCAAACCUGGAAAUUAUUGACUGAAGCACUUCGAGAAGACAACUUUGAUGGUAUUGAGACAUUGAGCAGAGCACAGCUCGUGGACGAUGCCUUAAGUUUAGCAAGAGCUGAAGAUCAAUAUUUAGAGUACGAAACGGCUUUGGAACUCAUCCAUUAUUUACAACAUGAGACCAGCUAUUUACCAUGGACAUCUGCUUUCCAAGGAUUUUCAUAUAUUUAUAAGAGACUUGCUGGACACGAUGGCAACAGACAUGAAAUUGAAACUUACAUGCAAAAUCUUAUGAAAUCCUUAUAUGAGCAUCUUGGAUUCCAAGAGAAACCUGAUGACGAUCCUGUUACCAAAUACAAUCGUGCCCAAGCAAUGGCCUGGGCCUGCAAAGUAGGAAAUGAAGAUUGUAUCAAAAAUGCUAAAGAAAUGUUUGCUGAAUUUAAAAAUGGCACAGCAGUUUCUCCAAAUUUGCGUCAGACUGUAUAUUGUACAGCUCUUCGACACGGAGAUGGUUCAGAUUAUGACUUUUUAAGAGACAAAUAUUCAACAGCAAAUGUUGCUGCAGAACAGGCCCUUAUUCUGGGAAUCCUUGGUUGCACUAAAGAUGAAACAAAACUUAACCAAUACCUAAAAGAAUCUAUAACAGACAACUCCGGAAUUAGGAAACAAGAUGCAACUUCUGUGUUUACAUCUGUUUACUCCGGUAAUCCGGAAAAUGUUCGUAUUGCUUUCGAUUUCUUGAAGAACAACUAUGAGGCAAUAGCAAAAUAUUACACUGCUAUGAAUGGUCUAAAUAAUGCAGUGUCUGGUCUUGCUUCAAGUUUGACUACAAAGGAAGAUGUUGAUGAGUUGGAGGAAUUUUUAAACAAACAUGCCACAGAAAUGGGCAUUCCAAGUGAAGUGACUGCAAAAGCAAUUCAACAAGCAAAAACUGAUCUUGACUGGAAUCAGAAAUACAGUACAGGAAUAAUGGAUUGGAUUAAAAGGACAAAUUCAUCACCAGCAAUUGUUUCCAGCUUAUUCCUUUGCUUAAUUGGUGGAGUAGUUACACUACUUCUGUAAAUAUAUAAGUGAAAAAUAUUCUCGAAACAAAAUGAUGUAGAAAGAGGUAAGGAUUUUAAGUAAAGCAUGAUUUAAACUAAGGAAUUAGAGUAUGGGCUUCCAAUGUGGAUUUAU